CUUCACUUCAAAGCUUUAAGUAGAUGACAAAAUGAACCUUUCCUGUGUGUUUCUGAUCUGUGCAUCGUGUCUGGUCUGGACUAGUGAUGGAGCUGAGAUUAUCAAUGGUAAAGAAGUGGCCCCUCACUCAAUGCCCUACAUGGCUCUGCUAAGAGCCAAGAAACUAUUUUGUGGAGGAACAUUGAUUCAUCCAAAAUGGGUCCUCACUGCUGCGCACUGUUACAAAGAAGAUGACAAAUUUAAAAAAGUGAGGCUGGGUGUCCACAACAUGAAAAAAAAAGGAAAUUUGUGGCAAGUCAUAAAAGUGAAGAACUUAACAAAACAUCCACACCAUGACCCAAAAAAGAAGCUCAAUGACCUCAUGCUGAUAAAGCUUGAUAAGUCUGUGAAGGAGACCAAGACUGUGAAAGUCCUGCCUCUGCCUAAAAGUGUGGAGGACCCAGCGCCUGGCAGCACCUGCCUGGUCGCAGGAUGGGGGGAUACUGUUUACAACGCUAGCAAAAGUUCAGAUGUUCUGAUGGCUGUCAAUGUGACUGUGAUUGACCGGGCCAAGUGUAACUCGAAGGAGUACUACAACUUCAACCCCAUUAUCACCAGAGGACACAUAUGUGCCGGCUCAGAUGGGGAGAAUGUCGCAGACUCCUGCCAAGGAGAUUCUGGAGGACCACUGCUCUGCAGAGGAAAUCUAGUUGGUGUUACUUCCUUUGGAGUAGAAUGUGGAAUUAUCCAUAAGCCUGGAGUUUACGCCUUUCUCAACAAAAAACAACUUGAGUGGAUCAGAAAAUAUCUUAAAUAGCCUAAAAUCUGAUUUUUCUUUAUACUUAUCUUUUUCAUUGCUGUAAUUCUUUCUAUUAAAUAUUACAUUUAAAAUAAUAACUGUGAGAUUGAAAAACCAA